GCUGUAAAAUGCACAUGAAUGUAUGGAUCUGAUCUAGCCUACAAUCUCGCAGGUCAAGUACUCAAGAUAGCCGGACAAUCCCACCAAAUCCUGCAAAGCCAGGGGUUCCGUUCUCAGGGUUCACUUCAAGAUGAUUAGGUCUCUAUUAUGUAAUAGUUGGUACUCUCUCUCUCUCUCUCUCUCUCUCUCUAGAUGGAUUGGCAAGGGCAGAAGCUAGUGGAGCAGUUGAUGCAGAUUUUGCUGGUGGCUUCUGCUGUAGUGGCAUUUGCAACAGGCUAUGGGCUGGGCUCGUUCCAAACAAUGAUGUUUGUAUAUGCCGCUGGGGUGGUAGUCACCACCUUGAUCACUGUUCCCAAUUGGCCUUUCUUCAAUCGCCACUCUUUUAAGUGGCUGGAUUCAAGCGAGGCUGAAAGGCAUCCGAAGCCACAAAUAGUGAAUUCUAGCUCAAAGAGGAAGGCUGCCAAGUAGUAGGUCGUCCUGUGAUUCUAAGCUAUUUUAGGUAUUUGAUGAUUUUGACUGCAUUGGAGAUUUGGAUCUGUGCCUUUCGGCUUAAUGGACCUAUUAGCAUUGCCUUAAGCCAUAGAACUUUAUACAAGAAUUUAAGGAUUUAAUCUCCUCAUUUUA